CCAGACCUGGCCUCUGAUUCACUUUUUUGCCAAACAAACCUCUCGGCAGACAUCGACGGAGGGCCAAUUGGUUUUGGCUUUGUGGAUCUGGAUCAAGCCAGGGACACUUCUUACUUUUAUUUUUUGUCUAAUUGACCUGAGUGUUUCGCUGUUGCAUCCAGGCCAGCGUCAUGCUCUCAACCUCUCCGCUGCGCGUCGGCGCUCCCAGGACCCUGGCUGCAUGCCGGGCCCUGCCCUUGAGGAAUCAGAUCCGUCUCCUCUCCGCCACCCCCCGCCGACAUGCCGACGAGAAACUCAACCGCGUCUCCUCCGCCAUCACGCAGCCCAAGUCGCAGGGCGCCUCCCAGGCCAUGCUAUACGCCACCGGCCUGACGGAAGAAGACAUGUCCAAGCCUCAGGUUGGCAUCUCGUCCGUCUGGUACGAGGGCAACCCUUGCAACAUGCAUCUGCUCGGCCUCUCCGACCUCGUCCGCCAGAGCGUCCAGAAGGCCGGGCUCGUCCCCAUGCGCUUCAACACGAUCGGCGUCUCGGACGGCAUCAGCAUGGGCACCACGGGCAUGCGCUACAGCUUGCAGAGCCGAGAGAUCAUUGCUGACAGCAUCGAGACUGUCAUGCAGGGGCAGUGGUACGAUGCCAACAUCUCCCUGCCCGGCUGCGACAAGAACAUGCCUGGUGUCAUGAUCGCAAUGGGCCGCGUCAACCGGCCCAGCAUCAUGGUGUACGGCGGUACGAUCAAGCCCGGAUGCUCCAAGAAGGGACAGCCAAUCGACAUUGUCAGCGCUUUCCAGGCCUACGGCCAGUACCUCUCGGGCGAGAUCGACGAGGAGGAGCGCUUCGACAUCAUCCGCAACGCCUGCCCCGGCGGCGGUGCUUGCGGUGGCAUGUACACGGCCAACACGAUGGCAUCGGCCAUCGAGACCCUCGGCAUGACCCUCCCCGGCAGCAGCAGCUUCCCGGCCGAGGACCCCCGGAAGAAGGCCGAGUGCGAGAGCGUCGGUGAAGCCAUCAAGAACCUCCUCCGGGAGAACAUCAGGCCCAGCGACAUCUUGACGCGGCAGGCGUUCGAGAACGCCAUGGUCGUCGUCAGCGUCCUGGGCGGCAGCACCAACGCCGUGCUCCACCUCAUUGCCAUCGCCGACUCGGUCGGCAUCAAGCUCACCAUCGACGACUUCCAGGCCGUCUCGGACCGGAUCCCGCUGCUGGCCGACCUCAAGCCCUCGGGCAAGUACGUCUUCGAGGACCUGUUCAAGAUCGGCGGCACCCCCGCCCUCUUGAAGUUCCUGCUUAAGGAGGGCCUCAUCGACGGCUCGGGCAUCACCGUUACAGGCAAGACCCUGAAGCAGAACGUGGAGGACCUGCCCGGCUUCCCCGACGACCAGCCCAUCAUCCGCCCCCUGAGCAACCCGAUCAAGCCUACCGGCCACAUCCAGAUCCUGCGCGGCUCGCUCGCGCCCGGCGGCUCGGUCGGCAAGAUCACGGGCAAGGAAGGGCUGCGGUUUGAGGGUAAGGCUAAGGUGUACGACUACGAGGACGGCUUCAUCGAGGCGCUCGAGCGCGGCGAGAUCAAGAAGGGCGAGAAGACGGUCGUCGUCAUCCGCUACGAGGGCCCCAAGGGCGGGCCCGGCAUGCCCGAGAUGCUCAAGCCCAGCUCCGCCAUCAUGGGCGCCGGCCUUGGCCAGGACGUCGCCCUCAUCACUGACGGCCGCUUCUCCGGCGGCAGCCACGGCUUCCUGAUCGGCCACAUCGUGCCCGAGGCCAUGGAGGGCGGCCCGAUCGCCCUGGUCAGGGACGGCGACAAGAUCGUCAUUGACGCCGAGAAGCGCGUGCUGGACCUCGAGGUGCCGGCCGAGGAGCUCGAGAAGCGGAGGAGAGAGUGGAAGGCGCCCGAACCCAGGGUGAAGAGGGGUACCCUGAGGAAGUACGCUGCCCUGGUCAGCGACGCGAGCCACGGGUGCGUUACCGACAGGGCUUAAGGUGUGAAAGGCGGAGUUGAGCAGAGAUGGGCUAGCAGAUCCCUUUGGAUUGGAAUGUACAUGUAGAUUAAACUCGGUUUUGUUUGGGCUGGA